AUGAAGAUGCUUGGUAAAGAAAAGAUGAAGAAAUCCUACAAACCAAAGAGAAGGAAUUUUAGAAGGAGGAGCAACCUGUACGACAUUGAAGAUGAUGCUAUUGAUGAAGAAAGUGAAUCUGAUGAAUGUUGUAGUAAGGAUGAAAGAGAAGUCAAUAUCUUUAUGGUGCAAGGAGAGUUUCAUGAUGAACAUGUUGUUGAUGAUGAGGAAGAGGAAGUUGAAGCUGAGGUAGAUCUUGAAGGUGAACUCAUGAGUGCACUUGAACUCAGAAAGGUGAGGAGAGAAUACAAAAAGGUUAAGUAUGUUGUUGGUGAAGAACAGGAUAGAUUGAACAAAUGCCUUGAGGAGUCUGAAAAAAAUAUUUCAGAUCUGAGAACACAAUUGGAUGAAGCUAAGAGAAUGUAUGAGGUAACUAAAUCAGAUUUACAGAAUAAGGAGAAGGCAUACCAAAAGAUGGAGGAAGAAAUUGUGAAUCUUAGAAAGGAAAUUAAAAAGCACAAAGAUGAACUGAAGAUGAGAAUCAAGUAUGAGGGAAACACUGAUGCAUUGGAUAAAAUACUGAACAAAGAAAAGCACUCUAAAGAAAUAGAAGGUGUUGGUUUGUUGCUGGUCAAUUCUCUAAAGGUGAAGACUCAUCCAGUAAAGAAAUAUACUUCACCUCAUCAAGUGAAAAUGGAAACAAACAAACUUUUACAGUUUGCAAACCCAUUGAGAAGAAGACAUAUGCUAAUGCCACAAAGAACAAAUGUGCUGAUCCAAAAGGAAAAGCCAAGUUGCAAUGGUGAUAAGGAGACCCGUCUCUUCAUGGCCCAUGAGACAGACAUUGAGAGUCACUCAUCAAAAGGGGAUAAUGCUGGUAGAUCCCACUGGUAUGAUGUGUUUGACAAUGACACUGAAGAAGAAGAAGAUGCAGAGGCUGAUCUAGAAGGUGAGUUGCUAAGCGCCCUUGAUGAACUAAAAAAUGUUAGAAAUGAACUUAAGGAUUACAAGAAAUCAGAUAAUGAAAAAUGCAGCAAGUUGAGAAGUUAUCUUGAAGACUCAAACAAAAAGGUUACUGAAGAAGGAAGGCAUGUUUUGGAAGACACGACAUUGGUGGAAAUGUAA